ACACUAUACUGUUCUUCUUCUUACCCGCCUUCCUUCAGCGGUUUUUCGUUUGUUUUAAGCUAAACACGUUGCUUAUAGGAAUUAUAAUAUAGAAUAGCGACCAUGGCCACAGAGGAGGCCACCCCCAGGAUCCAACUGGGCGACUAUAUCGUCAUUCAGCGCCAGAAGUACACGAAGCUGCAGAAAUUCGGCAGUCUGGACGCCACAGCCACUUUGGGCAAGGAGACCCUGGAGCUGAAAUCGCUGUUGGACCAGCCCUACGGUUCCACGUUCAAGAUGUGCGUCAAGGAGACGAAGCCUGGCAAGCGGGGAGCCCAGAGGCAGCACACGCUGGAGCUGUGCAGCGAGACUGAGCUGAGGAGCACGCGGGAAGUCCUCGGAAUCUCCAGCAGUGGGGCGGAUAAUCGCGACAUCCGCGAUGACGGUGAAGCGCAGACCCUUAAACCGGAGGACAUUGCUCAGCUGCGCGAGGAGUGCAAUGAUUCCAGUAAGAUCAUCGAGAAGCUGGUGGAGAACUCAAAGACCUUCCACAACCGCACCGAGUACUCCCAGGAAAAGUACCUGCUGAAGAAGGAAAAGAAGUACUUUGAGUUCGUCCAGAUCCGACGGCCGACAAUCCGACUGAUGCUGGACAUAUUCUACCGCCAGGAUUCGGAGAAGGUGAUGGGUAUUCGCGUGGACACCCUGUCGCAGAUCAUCUCCUACUCGGGCGUAUGCGGUUUCGGCAACUACCUGCUCUACGAGAGUGGCACCAAUGGUCUCUUGCCGGCGGCCAUGCUCAAUUCCAUAGGAGCGGGCACGGAAGGCACCCUGGUGCAUAUGCACCCGGGAAAUGUGCCCCAGAAGCAGUCUCUGCUGGCUCUGAAACUGCCACUGGAACAGCAACAGCGCUGUGUAUCCGUUAAUCUGUACUCCGUUUUGAGGGAGUUCUACCAAGGAGGAGAGGCGAUGGCCACUGGUCUUCCUCCCGUGGAUCCCAGUGAACAAGAAGCACAGGAACUCCUGCCGGAGGCGCCAACGGAAGAACAGCCGGAUGCAAUCGAACCGAUCACCAAGAAGCCCAAGCUAGAGGAGUCUAAAAGUGGGAGAGAAGGAACCAAAGGACCUCCCCGCUGGCAUUUGGAGAACAAGCGGGCCACGGCAUUAAUGAGCACCGGAUUUGACAGCCUGGUGUUGGCCGCGAAGGAGCACCCGUCCAGCAUCCUCCAGGCCCUGCUGCCCCUCGUCAAGCCCUCAAGACCCGUUGUGUUGUUCAGCACCUGCAAGGAGCUGCUGCAAGAGACGUACAUGGAACUGAAGACUUCAGGCAAGGUGACGGGUCUGCACCUGACCUCCAACUGGCUACGUUCCUACCAGAUCCUGCCCAAUCGUACCCAUCCGGAAGUGAACAUGAGCGGAAAUAGUGGAUACCUUCUGACGGGCUAUACGCUAAGAUAGUUGUUGUGCGACCGUGAAAUACAUGUAAGCCUUUGUUUUGAUAA